AUGGCGCUGAAUGCUUCCGAUACUUGGGAUCUCUGCCCACAGGCUGCUGAUCUCCAUUUUGGCCCCUCGAUCGAUGCCCGGUGCCGCGGAGGCUUUGAUUUCACCCUCACCUUCGAACAAUCCAUCCUGUCUAUUGCUCCUUCGGCCCUGCUGCUCCUUAUCGUUCCCUUCCGAUUAUACUGGCUGUCUCGCACCAGCCUUAAGACCAAUGUCUCCUUCUCCCUGGCGUGCUCGAGCAAGCUACUAGCCGCUGUUGCUCUGUUUGGUGUCCAAGUCGCCUUACUAGUGUUAUGGGUUCGAAAUCCACAGGUCCAAACGGUCGCGACCAUCCCGGCUGCCGCCCUGUCGUUGGUCGAUGCGCUGUCUAUCUGUCUGCUUUCCUACAUGGAGCAUACUCGUUCCAUUCGGCCUUCCACCCUCUUGGGAGUCUUUCUCUUGGCUUCGCUCGUCCUGGAUAUCCCCCAGUCGCGAACACUCUUCCUGAUGGGGGACCAGACGCCCAUGGCAGCGGUAUUUACUGCAGCGACGGGUCUCAAGGUAAUACUGCUCAUGUUCGAGGCACAGAGUAAGAUCCAUGAACUCAGGCUGCCGUAUCGCCACCAUCCUCCCGAAGCGACAGCAAAUGUGUGGGCGCGCACCCUAUUCUGGUGGCUCAAUCCGCUGUUCUUCAGGGGAUUUGCCCGUUUGCUAUCAAUCGAGGAUCUUUUCUCGAUGGACAGCAAACUCGCUACCUUCCAUCUUCGAGAACGGAUGCAAGCCAGCUGGGCCCGUCGAGCGCACUCCAAUUCACCCUACGCGUUGAUCAUGGCCACUAUCUCAUGCAUGCGAUGGGCCCUCUUGUCGGCCGUCGGACCGCGACUGGCCAAGAUCGGCUUCACAUACGCCCAACCAUUCCUGAUCAGCCGUGUUAUCAGUUUUGUCGAAGCCCCGGCUUCCGAACAACUCCGCAGCCAUGCCUUAGGGCUUAUGGCGGCUGCUUUCCUAGUCUACAUCAGUAUUGCCAUCACUACCGUCCUCUACAAGCGUGAAAUGUACAGAAUGAUUGCAAUGGCCCGGGGCUCUUUGGUCAGUCUCGUAUACAGUCAGACAUUGCAGAUGCCUGACUCGUACGAUGAAUCGGCCGCGCUUACGCUUAUGAGCACGGACAUCGAUCGUGUCACCGUGGGAUUACAAAAUAUCCAUGAGGUAUGGGCACGCAUCACGGAGAUUGCAAUCGGCAUGUGGCUGCUGGUUGAUCAAUUGGGCGCGGUGGCCGUGCUGCCCAUUGGACUGAUUGUCGUGUGCACCUUUGCCAACUCGCAACUUUCCAAAUUAAUUGUCGGAAAGCAAAAGGUCUGGAACGCGGCUGUGCAGAAACGCAUUGCCGUCACGGCAUCUAUGCUGGGUUCGAUGAAGAGCAUGAAAAUCAUGGGCAUGACUGAAGUGGUGGAGAGUAGCGUGCAGGAGUACCGCCGCAAGGAAAUCCAGUCCGCCAUGGGAUUUCGCUGGCUGGCAUUGUGGACGAACACCAUUGCUUCUGCCCCGUUGAUAUUCGCCCCCGUCCUGACGUUCGUGGUGUUUGUGGCACAAGCCACUGCUCGCGGUACCGAUAGCCUGUCCACGAACCAGGCUUUUACGUCUCUCUCCAUUAUAACUUUGGUCACCCAACCCGCCUCCCUCCUUAUGUUUGCGAUUAAUGAGUCUGCAGCCAUGAAAGGCUGCUUUGAUCGGCUCCAGAAAUUCCUUCGUGCUCCAGCAGGUUCGGAUAGUCGCGGAGUCACUGGACUCGGUGGUUCUCGCAGUGGUGACUCAAGCUUAGAGGUGAGCCUUAGCCAUCCCAACGGGACAAUGCGUGAGGGUGAGAAAGUGCCAGAGACUACUACCCAUUCGACCCCUACCAUUAAGGUUCAGCAAGUGACGAUCCGGCCUGCACCAACCGUCGACCCAGCUAUAAGUCAGGUAUCCAUGGACUGUCCAGAAGGCUCCCUCACGCUGGUUGUGGGACCCGUCGGCUGCGGAAAAUCGACACUGCUCCGAGCGGUCUUGGGAGAACUACCCUGCGACGCAGGCACUAUUGCCGUCUCCACCAAAAACAUUGCCUUUUGUGCUCAGAGCCCCUGGUUGCCCAAUGGUACCAUCAAAGAUGUUAUCUGCGGGUUUUGCGACGAGGAAAAAAUUGAUCAUGUAUGGUUUCAGACUACCAUUCAUGCCUGUGCUCUGGAAGAAGACCUGUCGCAGCUCCCUCAUGCCGAACAGACUGUAGUUGGGAGCCGAGGAGUAACCCUUAGCGGCGGCCAAAAGCAGAGAGUAGCGCUUGCUCGAGCGGUCUACGCUAGACGCAGUAUUAUUUUACUGGAUGAUGUUCUGAGUGCCCUGGAUCAGAAGACCGAAGCACUGGUCGUAGACCGCUUAUUCGGCGAGCAAGGAUUACUUCGGCGGUUGCAGACUACUAUCCUCCUGGUGACUCACUCCGUGCGCCAUCUCAACAUCGCCGACCAGGUUAUCGUUCUAACUCGGGAGGGAAAGGUCCGAGAGGUUUUGAGCGGCCAGGACAUCCAGAAAAAGAAAACAGAUAUAGCGACCUCCGACUGUGAGGAGGUCCUCAGUGCAGAGGACGUCGCCAGUGCACCCCAGCCAUCCUCCAAACCACGGCCGAAAAUCAAGGCGCCGGGACCAGAUGAUGCAGAUCUAACACGCCAAACUGGUGACAUGGCAGUCUAUGCGUACUACUUCCGAUCUUUUGGCUGGCCUCGGACAUUUGGCUUCAUAGCUUGUACUGCGUUGUUUACCUUUGCAACCACCUUCCAGCAGAUCUGGCUUCAAUGGUGGACAAAUGUGAACGGAGGUUCUAUUGGAAAAUAUAUGAGUGUCUAUGUUGUUCUGGCUGUUGCCGCUAUGCUUUCCCGCUGUCUAACCUUCUGGUGGGCUCUGAUCUGGAUGUCGCCAAUCUCCUCUCUCAAUCUUCAUCGAAUCCUUUUGCGGGUUGCUGUUGGCGCGCCUUUAUCUUUCUUUGCAAAAACCGAUAGUGGUGUGAUACUGAACCAGUUCAGCCAGGACAUCGGUUUGAUUGACCGGGUACUGCCUCUUUGUCUAAUUCGCAUGGUUGUCCAGAUUUUCCAAAUCCUUUCCCAGACAGCACUUAUCGCGAUGGGCUCAUCUUACAUGUCCGUUUGUAUUCCAAUCUGUGCCGUCACCGUGUACUGGCUGCAGCGGUUCUACCUCCGCACGUCGCGCCAACUGCGAUUCCUCGAUCUCGAGUCCCGGAGCCCGCUGUACAGUCAUUUCCUGGAGACCCUAGAGGGCCUGUCCACACUUCGUGCGUUUGGCUGGCAGGAGAAAUUCCAGGAGACCAACACCAAGCUGCUGGACACCACCCAGAGGCCGUUCUACUUGAUGUACUGCAUCCAAUGCUGGCUCAACCUUGUUCUCGAUCUCCUUGUUGCGGCAGUUGGCGUUGUAGUCAUUGCCCUGGCGGUCUUACUGCCGCAUAUGACUAGUGCGGGCACUAUCGGCCUGGCACUGAAUAAUGUUCUCGGAUUCAACCAAGCUCUGGCUGUUUUGAUUGACAGCUGGACACAAUUAGAGACCUCGCUGGGAGCGAUUGCGAGAUUGAAGAAUUUGGAGCAAACUGUCAAACCUGAGUAUCAGGAAGGGGAAGAUACUACUCCCCCGGAUACAUGGCCGGAGCAUGGUGCUAUUGAAUUGAAGGAUAUUUCGGCUUCUUACAGCCCCUCCAUCCCAGCUCUGAAGAAGAUCUCCAUGUCUAUACUGCCUGGCCAGAAAGUAGGCAUCUGUGGGCGGACCGGAAGCGGCAAGAGCUCACUUCUGCUAUCCUUACUCCGCCUAUUGGACCUUGACAGUGGAAGUAUUGCAAUUGACGGAUACGACCUACAAACCCUGCCACGGGAGCUAGUCCGCAGUCGUCUCGUCGCCAUCCCACAAGAGCCAUUCUUCUUGAGCGAAUCCGUUCGAAUCAACGUCGACCCCAGCAACAAGUUACCCGACGAAGCUAUCAUCAACGCUCUCAAGAAAACAAAGGUUUGGGACGCCAUCGAGAAGCGUGGUGGAUUAGACGCACAAAUGAAGGAGCAGCCCCUGUCACAGGGAGAGCAGCAACUAUUCUGUCUAGCUCGCACGAUGCUGCGCUCAGGGAAGAUUCUGAUCCUCGACGAAGCAACAAGCAACGUCGACGCCGAGACGGAUCAGGUCAUGCAAGGGAUCAUUCGGGAUGAGUUCCAGGACUACACGGUGCUUACCGUUGCUCAUCGGUUGGAUACGAUUAUGGAUUCGGACGUGGUUGCGGUGUUGGAUCAGGGGAGGUUGGCUGAGUAUGGGCCUCCGCGGGAUUUGCUGGCUCGGCCGUCUAUGUUUGCGGACCUGGUGGGUAGGUCUAGCGUGGAGAGUGCGGUUAUUACUCCGUCGGCCUGA